UAGUCAGUUGUUUAAUUGCGGCUAGCGGCCAAGGAAGCUUUGAUUUUCGGAUUUUCUGAUUGGAACUCGCCCACACCACCCACCGGCCAUCGCCACACUCGCACACACACACACACACAGCCUCGCACACUCAACAUAUUAGGCAUAUAAAUAAACAUGAGUCGCCUGCUAAUUAAGCCAGCAACUGCCACAGUGUCUGCCACAUUGCAGCAACAACAGCACCAGCUGAGGCAACAACAACUCGUAAUUCGCCGCUGGAGAGCGUUCCUGCACAACAACAACAACCCCAACAAUGCUGCGGCGAUUGCGGCGAAAACGACGCGCCAGCAGCGCAUUCAAACAGCACUGUUGGCGGCGAAUAGCAGCCAUUCACCGUUAGACGCCCGUCGAUCAAUCGCCACCAGCCCCAAGAUGCCGUCGAACGAUAAAUCCCUCAACCUGGACAACAUCAACCCGAACUUCAUCGCCAUGGAGUACGCGGUCCGUGGUCCGCUCGUCAUUCGUGCCGGCGAGAUCGAAAAGGAGUUGGAAAAGGGCGCCAAGAAACCAUUCGACCAGGUGAUCCGUGCCAACAUCGGUGACUGCCAUGCCAUGGGCCAGCAGCCCCUGACCUUCCUCCGCCAGCUAUUGGCUCUUACCUUUGAGACGCGGCUGCUGGACUCGCCCGAGUAUCCCGAUGAUGUGAAGAAGCGCGCCUGUGCCAUCCUGGAGGGCUGCCAGGGCAAGUCGGUGGGCUCCUACACGGAUUCCGCUGGUCUGGAAGUGGUCCGUCGCCAGGUGGCCGCCUUCAUUGAGAAGCGUGAUGGUGGCAUUCCCUCCGAUUGGCAGAACAUCUAUCUGACGGCCGGUGCCUCGCCUGGAAUCAAGACCAUCCUCGCUUUGGUCAACUCUGAAAUCGGUGGCAAGACCCCCGGCGUAAUGGUUCCCAUUCCCCAGUACCCUCUCUACUCUGCCACCAUCUCCGAAUACGGCAUGGCCAAGGUGGACUACUACCUGGAGGAGGAGACCGGCUGGAGUCUGGGCCGCAAGGAGCUGCAACGGUCAUACGACGAUGCCAAGAAGACCUGCAAUCCCCGUGCCCUGGUGGUGAUCAAUCCGGGCAACCCCACCGGCCAGGUGCUGACCCGCGAGAACGUCGAGGAGAUCAUCAAGUUCGCGUACGACAACAAGGUGCUGCUGCUGGCCGAUGAGGUGUACCAGGACAAUGUCUACGACAAGAACUCCCAGUUCUGGUCCUUCAAGAAGGUGGCCUACGAGAUGGGCGAGCCCUACCGCAGCCAGGAGCUGGUCAGCUUCUCGUCCACGUCGAAGGGCUUCCUCGGCGAGUGCGGCAUUCGCGGCGGCUACAUGGAGGUGCUCAACCUGGAUCCCAAGGUCAAGGCCAUGCUCACCAAGUCGAUAACCGCGGCGCUCUGCAGCACCACGGCCGGCCAGGUGGCGGUCAGUGCUCUGGUGAAUCCCCCACAGCCCGGCGAGCCCUCCUACGAUCUGUACAAGAAGGAGCGUGACGGUGUGCUGGCGGCUCUGAAGGAACGCGCCACUCUGGUCCACAAGACCCUGAGCAGCUUCGAGGGCUACAAGGUGAACCCCGUGCAGGGUGCCAUGUAUGUCUUCCCCCAGAUCGAGAUCCCGCCCAAGGCGGUCGAGGCCGCCAAGGCCAAGGGCAUGGCCCCCGACGCCUUCUACGCAUUUGAGCUGCUCGAGACGAGCGGAAUCUGCAUUGUUCCUGGCAGUGGAUUUGGACAGAAGCCUGGUACUUACCAUUUCCGCAGCACCAUCCUCCCGCAGACGGACAAGCUGAAGCUGAUGAUGGAGAAGUUCCGGGUGUUCCAUGCCGAGUUCAUGAAGAAGUACAAGUAGACGACCCGAUCCUUCGUCGGCUGGCCAAUCCCUGCGCCAAGUCCUAUCCCCUUCCAUUUUCCGGCCGCCUGCCUGUGUUAAAAGUGUCUGAUCCUCCGGCUAAGGAUUGCAUAAGUGUUUUUUUUUUCUCUCUCUCUCUUUGUACUGAUACACACUAUACUCCAGCUUAAUUAUUUUUUUUUUUUAACUCUCCUCUAGUAUAUCUAGUAUCAUAUAUCAAAUAUAUGUCUGAAUUUUAA